AUGAAUAGGAAGAACAUGAAAAGACCAGAGUCGCUAUUACUAGACCAGAACUCUCUCAACUCUUCAUUUAAUUUGGAAUCCAAUGAACCUUCGAGCAAGGAGCAUGACAAUUAUAAUGUGGCCUUCAAAAACUCAUUCUCAUUGAAGAAAUCAUCUAAGAACACUACCUCAUCGUCAAUAGAAGUUAAUAAAAAUAGGGGGAGCGGUGGUUCUGUUAACAAUCUAAGGAUAGUCAGUAUCAACAAUUCGACCAGCAGUUCAAACUCAAAGCCAAUGUCUCCUGUGUCCCCAAAAUAUUUGGAAAAGAACAAUGAUAAAAAAUUUUAUGAUUGGACCAGAAUAGAGGUUCAUAAUUGGAUUGUGAAUUUGACUGAUCUUAAUCGAAUUAGCAAAUCUCAAGAAACUGCAAGAACUUUUCUAGAACACAAUGUUACUGGUGAUAUUUUACCUUAUUUGAACAUGCAGCAUUUCAACGACAUGAACAUUAAAGAGUUAAAGAUCAAGUUACUAUUGAAGAAAAAUAUCGAAUCACUUCUAGUGCAGUUUAUGGAUAAAUACUCGAACGAUGAGGGUUUUGAUGAGAUAUUAUUAAAUUCGCAUUUAAUGAAUAAUUAUAAUUCUUCAAAUGUAUCAAGUGCGCUUUACAAUGAUUACAGCAUAGCGUUGACAGAACAAGUCUUGACUAAUCUUUCAGAUCAAAUAAUAAGACUUUAUUCAAGCAGAGUACAGGAUGUCUAUAAUAAUACUAGUGGUGCUAACAACAGUAGCAGCGAUAUCAAUACGGGAAAAAACAAUUCAAAAUCUUCUACUCGUGACAAAAGUGUGGAAAAGAUGGAUCAUGACUUGAAGAAAUUGCAUCAGAAUUUUCAAAGGUUCAAAGAAGAUGUUGCUCCAGUAGUCAAACAUUACAAAACUGCUAAAGCCAAUGUCUCUGCCAAUAGCUCCAUCUCACAAACUCCUAUUGAAAACAACUACUUCUUGAAUAGUACAUUGACACCUUCAAGUCUAAAUGGGUCACCAAGCAUAGUAUCACCAAUGCGAAAUAUUGCUUCGCCAACUAAUCAGCCAUUGUACAAUAAGAGAAGUAACCUUCGAGAUAGUCUUGAGGAUUCACUUGGUGGCUCAACUGGCAUGAAUACUAUCCAAGAUGAAGAUUUGAACGGACUGAAAAAGAAAAGCGGAGAUAGGAUGCUCCUCAACCCAUUCAAAGAAAGAAAAGAUUAUGAUAGAUCACCACUAGAAUCGACAUAUGAGGCAUCCGUACAUUCGAACUCCAGUUUUAAUGGGAGCUCGACACAAUCACAAGUAGCACAGCAAGAUAUACAUCAAAGGACCUUGUCUAAUUCAAGUAUUAAAGCUGGUGCCAUCACAGUUAGUAAAAAUCUCCUCACAGGGACUCCAUCGCCUACUGUGGGUACAAGUGCCUAUCAAACUGCGCAAACUGCAUUGCAGACUCCUAAUUCUGGCACGUAUCCUCCACUUAGUCAUCAACAGUCCAACGUUUCCUUAUACACUAGUAGCAGUGUUAAUAAUUAUGGUGGCAGUAAUGCCCUUGGGGUUCUUUCUGCACCAAGCUCUUCUACACAUGGCAACUUUAACAGUCCAACUACAAUACAAGGUCAACAGUCGAUACAGCAAUCACCAGGCCCACUACUGGGAGUCUCCAGUACUCCGACUGGGGUAAGAACAGAACCGUUGAAGCAACUUAAAGCCAAGUAUGAUGACCCAUGUUAUAAAGUUUUACAAAAGGCAAUGAUAAAACAUAAAAUCAACAACGUGGACUGGAGAAACUACGUAUUGGUAAUUUGUUAUGGCGAUAAAGAAAGAAUAUUGGGCCCUGAAGAGAAACCGGUGAAAGUGUUCAAAGAAUUACAAGACAAAGGAGGUCAACAUCCUUCAUUUAUGAUUAGACAACUAGAAGCAGCGUCACCAAGCUCAGAUAGAUUUGAUGAUGACGGAAACACUAGUGGAGCUUACAGUAGUUAUUAG